AUGGCUCGAGAAAGAUGUAAUCUUGACAAAGAAGCUGAAAUCCUCAAACUUUCCUCUUCUUCCUCUCCUUCUCCGUCUCCCCCCACUCCUCCAUCAUCGUCACGAUUACCGCCAUCCUUGUUCUUGAAUCCUUGUGAGGAAUCGCCGAAUCCGAGACCGGGAACUCCGGAUGUGGAGACACCCGUCGUGGCUUCCUCCGCACAGAAGCCUAAGGAGGAAGCUAAGCCGCCAGUAAGAUUCAGUAAUAGGUGCUCCACUUGCCGGAAAAAGGUGGGGCUCACUGGAUUCCGGUGCCAAUGCGGAGAUCUCUUCUGCGGCCGCCACCAGUACACGGACACCCAUGAUUGCUCAUUCGACUACAAGGCGUUUGGAAGGGAGGAGAUUGCUAAAGCCAACCCUGUGGUCAAAGCUCCUAAGAUCAUCAAGAUCUAA